GAGGCAGAAGAAAGCAACGAAAGCGGAUCACCUUGCCGCCAUCUGCUUCAGUGCCCGCACAUGCCGCCACCGUUGAUCCUCUUCCCGCGCUCUCCAGUCUCCAGCUGCUCAGCUCAGCUCAACCCAAUCGUGUCACCCCGUCAGCCUAACCACCUCCACCAAACCCAACCACCUCUUCUUCUUCUUCCUCUCCCCAAUCCCUCUCAAACUCCUAUAUAAAUCCAUUACCAUCCUUAUCCUCCUCCCCCAAAUCCCAAUACACGCGAGACCCAACAAACCCAAGCUUCUGCUACAUCCAUCCAUGGGGAGGUCCCCGUGCUGCGAGAAGGCGCACACGACGAAGGGGGCCUGGACGCGGGAGGAAGACGACCGGCUGUCGUCCCACGUGCGCGCCCACGGGGAAGGCCGCUGGCGGGCGCUGCCGCGGCUGGCGGGGCUGCCGCACCGGUGCGGCAAGAGCUGCCGCCUGCGGUGGGUCAACUACCUCCGGCCCGACCUCAAGCGGGGCGCCUUCUCCCGCGACGAGGACGCGCUCAUCGUUGCGCUCCACGCCGCGCUCGGCAACCGAUGGGCGAUGAUCGCGGCGAAAUUGCCGGGCAGGACGGAUAACGAGAUCAAGAACUACUGGAACACGCAUCUGGGACGGAGGUUGAAAGGGAUGGGGAUCGAUCCUGUCACGCAUCGCCCUGUUGUUGCCGCUGCUGCUGCUGGCGUUUGGGACGGAGAUGGCGACGCCGCCGUUUCCUUUGUCCGGACACAGAUGCCGGAGAGGAAGAAGGCGCCGCCUAGGUGCCCUGAUCUGAACCUGGAGCUCCGCAUCAGCCCGCCAUGGCAGGAGGAGGAGGAGAUGCCGCAGCGGGCGCCGGUGAAGAGGGACGUGAAGCCGGCGAAGAGGGAGGAGACGCAGCAGCUGAAGCCACUGCAGGGCGGCGACUUCCUCGGGCUCAGGGCCGGCAUGCUCGACUUCAGAAGAAUCCAGAUGAAAUGAAUCGGUGGUCCGAUGAUCAAAGAAGAAACUUUUUUUCGUUUCCAGCUGUAUAAAGUUGCUAAUUUUGCUGCUGCUACUACUAGCUAGUCUUUAGGAUAAAAGAAUAGAAAUACAGGGCAAGGAAGAAGGGAGAGAUCGUAGGAUUCCAUCCUGUGUAAAUUAGUAUUUAGUAGUACUCCUCUGAAGUCUGAACAACUCUUCUGUUACCAGAAACUCUGUACGAAGAACAAGUCUCCUUCCUUCCUGGAUUAAUAUAAGCACCAGGUUCUGUCGA